CGUGCAUUUUUCUUUACCCAAGUCGUAGAUGAUUGCUCCACACUUUUGUCAUGGCUGAAACGGAUUUCAAAGAGACGGUCCCCACGCGCGCGCACCGUGGGUACUUCCAAAUAUGGGCAGCAGCCGUGCCGAUGGUCGCCGUCUGCGUCAUGACCAUCGCCGCCAACGGUGCCAUCCUGACCAUGUUCCUGAGCCGCAGAGGUCUCCGGCGCUGCAAGAACCUCUACUUCGCCAGUCUGGCGCUGUCCGAGUUUCUACUUGGACUUCUGAUGCCGUACAAGCUGACCAAAGACCUUCACCUGACCUGGGACAGCGGGCUGACCUGCAGGAUUUACCAGACGGUCAAGCAAUCUUUGGGUUACGUAUCGUUUCUCAGCAUCUUCCUCAUCACUCUAGACAAGUGGCGCGCCACGCACUACCCCGUGUCUUACAGGAGCAAGUCCGCAAAGUGUAUGACCAUCUCAACCAUAAUCGCCGUCUGGGUGGUCAGCCUCGUCAUCUACACCGUCCCCCAGAUUUGGUGGGAGGAUUUCAUCACGUCCAGGUACGUGACCCCCACCUCCCAGGGUCUGGGGGACACCAGCGUCAUCACCACGCCCAAAGAAACUGUCGUUAUCAGCCACCCCCGAGACCACAGCAACGCCUCGCGUCAGAUCCAAUACUCGUUUGAUAAACGAGGAUUCUCAAACCACGAUACAGUGUGCCCCGAGGGGUACCACUUAGGUUUUAACUUAUCUAUCUUUGCAACAUCCGUCUUUUACGUUAUACCGCUAGUCGCUAUGCUUGUAUUUAAUAUUAGUUUAUAUUUAAAAAUCAAAUGGAGGAAAAGUGUCGAAGUUCAAAGGUCAACUAGUGUUACGGAUACGUACUUUAUGACCUUGAAAAAACCGGCUCUGGAGUUGCCGGAGAGUUGUCUGAAGGAUCACGGGAACGAGGACGACCCAGCCAAGGAGUCGCUGCUCAAAAACAUUGACAAACCAAUCAACAAACAUUUAUCCCUGGGCGCCCGGAGCGAGCGGCGACACAGCUCCCUCCCCGCGAUAUCGCCCAUCAUCAAAGGCCGGACGUCAAGCGGCAGACGAGUCUCUAUGCCGGAAAGCAACACCGGGAGCGGCGGGUGCCGGUACGUCGGCCGGAAAUGGUCCGGCUGCGCCAGCGCGCUGAGCAACAACCAAAACGCCCCGCCGACGCCCUUAGCGAACCUGGCGCCCCGGCUCCACACGGAAGACAUGGUUCACGACAUCCUGGUCAAACAGGACAAAAAAACCGCGCGCUGCCUGUGUCUCAUGCUGGCCGUGCUUGUCGCAUGCUGGAUGCCGCACGCCGUGCUGAACGUCAUCAACGCCGGCUGCUGGUGCCUGAACGGUGCCCUGAUCUCCACCUCCUGGCUGGUGCUUGCCGACCACGCCGUCAACCCUAUCCUCUACGGGCUCAUGUACGUCCAGUUCAAGAACGUCCUGAAGCAGUGGCUGCUCAUCGAGCGCAUGCACGCCUUCAAGAUGCGGGACACGCUCAUCCUGAAGAACCUGCAGAAGAAGGUGAUGUGCGAGGAGAACAACAAGGAGAAGAGCCCCAACCCCGAGACCAAGCUCAACCAGUUCCAUCUGCCGCAGAUCUCCGCCAACUUCACCCACCCGCACACCGACAACACCCUCUUGUAA